UUUUUCUCUUUUCUCGACAGGUCUUUAAUAUACAUCUUAAUAAAGCCAUUUAUAAACAUCUUUAGCUAUGAAGAUGAACGUUUAUAAGACCAGUUCCCGUCGCAAGAUGCGGAAAGCCCAUUUCAACGCACCGAGUCACGAACGACGCAAGAUCAUGAGCUCCCCAUUGAGCAAAGAGCUCCGCCAGAAGUACAAUAUCAGGAGCAUACCCAUCCGGAAGGACGACGAAGUUCAGGUUGUUCGAGGUCAUCACAAGGGACAGCAAGUCGGAAAAGUUGUGCAGGUCUACCGCAAAAAAUUCGCGAUUUACAUCGAGCGUAUCCAGCGAGAGAAGGCCAACGGUGCCAGUGUAUUCGUCCCUAUCCACCCCUCCAAGGUGACCAUUGUGAAGCUGAAGCUCGACAAGGACCGCAAGCGCAUCAUUGAUCGUAAAGCAAAGGGCCGUGCCGCAGCUCUUGGAAAGGAGAAGGGAAAAUACACCGCUGAGCAAAUGGAAUCUUAAAUUGUUCGGUGUGAAGUUGAAUAAAAUGAUUUCGGGGA